AUGUCUAGUUUACAAUUAUCCAAGGGCGCCUUGAAACAAGUGUUUUCAAAGGAAGGUCAUGAUAGUGUUCAAAUUCCAAUGAUUCUUCAAAUCACGAACAUUAAAGCUUUUGAUGUGCUGCCAUCUGAUCUGAAGAAGUUCAGAAUUUUGGUCAACGAUGGAGUGUACUCGACCCACGGGUUAAUAGAUGAAUCAUGUAGUGAAUAUAUCAAAAACAAUAAUUGUCAAAGAUACGCAAUUGUUCAAGUCAAUGCUUUUUCCAUUUUUGCCACACUGAAACACUUUUUUGUGAUUAAGAACUUUGAAGUCUUAGCCCCUACUAGUGAAAAGUCUCCUAAUAAUAUUAUACCAAUUGAUACUUAUUUUCUUGAACACCCAGAAGAAAAUUAUUUAACUGUGAUGAAAAAAUCCGAGAGUCGUGACAGAGAAUCUCCAGUGCCAGGUGUCACCCCACCUCUUGCUCAGUCAACAAACAGUUUCAAAUCUGAAGUAGGAGGCGGUGUUGCAGCUCAAUCCAAACCAGCCGGUACUCAUAGAAAGGUGUCUCCAAUUGAAACAAUUUCUCCGUAUCAAAACAACUGGACAAUCAAAGCAAGAGUUUCCUACAAGGGAGACCUUAGAACUUGGUCCAAUAGCAAAGGUGAAGGUAAAGUGUUUGGUUUCAACUUAUUGGAUGAAUCAGAUGAAAUAAAAGCUUCUGCAUUCAACGAAACUGCUGAAAGGGCCCACAAGUUGUUAGAAGAAGGCAAGGUCUAUUACAUUUCCAAAGCCAGAGUUGCUGCAGCAAGAAAGAAGUUUAACACAUUAUCGCACCCUUAUGAACUCACAUUCGAUAAGGAUACUGAAAUAACCGAAUGUUUUGAUGAGUCGGACGUCCCAAAAUUGAAUUUCAAUUUUGUCAAGUUAGAUCAAGUCCAGAAUUUGGAAGCCAAUGCCAUCAUUGAUGUUCUUGGUGCUUUAAAAACGGUUUUUCCUCCAUUCCAAAUUACAGCUAAAUCUACUGGUAAAGUUUUUGACAGAAGAAAUAUACUUGUUGUAGAUGAAACUGGGUUUGGGAUCGAGCUUGGUUUAUGGAAUAACACUGCAACUGAUUUUAAUAUUGAAGAAGGUACUGUUGUUGCUGUCAAAGGUUGCAAAGUGUCCGAUUAUGAUGGAAGAACAUUGAGCUUGACUCAAGCUGGUUCCAUAAUCCCAAAUCCUGGCACACCUGAAAGUUUCAAAUUGAAAGGUUGGUAUGAUAACAUUGGUAUCCACGAACUGUUCAAGAGUUUGAAAAUUGACAAUGCUGGUAGUGGAGGAGACAAGAUCUCGCAAAGGAUUUCCAUUAACCAAGCCUUAGAAGAGCACUCUGGCUCAACUGAAAAGCCUGACUACUUUUCCAUAAAGGCAAGUGUGACCUUCUGUAAACCAGAAAACUUUGCUUAUCCAGCUUGUCCUAAUUUAGUUCAAAAUGCUGAUGCUACCAGGCCUGCACAAGUAUGUAAUAAGAAAUUGGUUUUCCAGGAUAAUGAUGGUACUUGGAGAUGUGAAAGAUGUGCAAAGACAUACGAAGAACCAACCUGGCGUUACGUUUUGAGCUGUUCUGUCACCGAUAGUACGGGCCACAUGUGGGUAACAUUGUUUAAUGAUCAAGCCGAAAAGUUGCUUGGCAUAGAUGCAACUGAAUUAGUCAAGAAAAAAGAGCAAAAAUCAGAAGUGGCAAACCAGAUCAUGAACAACACAUUAUUCAAAGAGUUUAGUUUAAGAGUUAAGGCCAAACAAGAGACAUAUAAUGAUGAAUUGAAAACAAGAUACCUGGCUGCAGGAAUAAAUGAACUUGAUUAUGCAAGUGAGUCCCAAUUUUUGAUCAAAAAAUUGGAUCAACUAUUAAAAUAA